GCACCACUUCACGUGUCAGACAAGACGCAAACAGUAGAGCGUUUCCGCCUCCUCUCUGCUUCACUUGCCUUUCACUUCCCCAUUUCUUGUUUGUUAAUCCCCCCCGUGAGUCGAGCUUUUCUCACAUCUGCACCCCUCAUCGGCCCCUCGGCUCCAUAUCCACAGUAUCCUUUCCGCGACCGUCCGUCUCCGCCGGCCCGCACUGAGCCCCCGUCUCAAAAGUCUGCAGAUGCUAAUAAAGACGCUCAGCUUAUAUUUUAAAAUCAGAACGUCACAGUGAAGGAUUAAAGAAACCGAACGAUGACAGGCGCGACUUCGGCCAGUCAGAAUCACAUGCAAAUAUCUACGAUGUCAGCAGGAAGCCCGGCGAUAAUGAAUCAGGGCUCUACAGAUUACUGGGCAAACUGGAUCCUGUACACGGUACCAGGUUCGGCCUUCCUGCUGGGCCUCGGUCUUUUCUUGCUGGUUCUGAAGACCCAACCUCGGCGGAGAGUGGAGGCGAACGAGAUCGGAUGUGACAGAGGAAAGCAAGCAAAACAGAGCUUGGAUGGCAUCAUCUCCUGCAGCUUGGACACUGGGGUGGCCCUCCAAAAAGCGAAGUCAGCGGAGACACUGAGUUACGAGAACGUAGAAACGGGCAUCUACGAAAGUCAGGAUGCCCUUACUCAGUUCAACGUGGACGACCAGGAAGUUUACAUCCUUCCAGAUGAAAUCCACAAUGGAACACAAGGGAACUUCAAUACCCAUCAUGCAGCUCAGCCCCUGACCGAAUCCGACUCCUACGAAAACAUGGUGUGCUCAUUGUACGCAAGAACUAUCAAGGAGCAGCCUUUCGAGGGAAAUAACGAAGAUGCGGAGUCGUACAUAGACAUGGACCCACAACAGGAAAUGCACCCAGACUUCUGCUCCAAGGAAGAAGAUUCGUAUGAGAAAAUGGCGAGCGUCGAAAUACCAGAUGUGGCAGAGGGAGUGUGGCACCAGGACCAAGGAAGCGGCAACUUCAGAGGACACGUGUGAGCGUGUGAUGUGGUGCCCAAUAAGAUGUGCAAAAUAAACUGCACAAAAGUGACAGACAGAGAUGUCCAAGGAGAAGGCAGAGAGACAGCCAUUGAUCAAUCUACAUCUAUUCCUGUUGAGUAGUUUUGUACUGUUUUACCAAAACAUAACCCAGAGUCGAGCGCUCAACCAGGUCUAGGCACGAUUUUUUGUGUAAAUAUUUUUUAAUGAGGAACAAAAAAAUACUACGGCAAACUAUAUCUAUCUACAGGUGUCAUACAGCUGCCAUUUAUAUGUCAUUCAUAAAUGUCCAUUUCCCCAGAUACCGCGUGAACAGCUGGAAAGGACAAUAUGGCCAAACCUCGUCACAUUCCCGUUACACGUGGUCACCGGGAAACAUUUCCCUAAAUCUGCACGUUAUCAGAUAUACAGUAUUACUCAAACUUCUGCAUAGAAAUCUGGUUUCUGGUUGUAGAGUGCUGGUCCUCGUGACCACAAGGGGUCAGUAUUCCCUAGAUCAGUGUUUCCUAACCCGAUCCACAGGGCUCCCCAGACAAUCCAUGUUUUUGCUCCCUCCCAGCUCCCUGCUAGACAGUCCUAGGGAGCCGGGAGGGGGCAAAAACAUGGACUGUCUGGGAAUCCCUGUGGAUCGGGUUAUGAAACACUGAUCUAGGGAUUACUGACCCCCCUGUGGUGCUGUCUGUCUGGCCACCGAGCUUGACGAUCACCCCCACUGCACAGUGGCACCUGCCCUCAUCUCCAGCUGGACUCAUUUUAGCCUCGAUUCGGCGCCGGUUCAUCCCCAGUUCAGCCGGUCCUCAUCCUCCGUGGUCAGCAUCUCAGUCACCAGGCCAGCACCGUCUUCCCACAACCUCUCACCCUAAACCUAUGGCCAUUCUCCAGAACCUUUACUAUCACCAACCCAUGCUGACUCCUCUUGCUCACAGCACGCAAGUAACUCAGGGAGAUCCAGGCCACGCUAAGCCAGCUGACAUUUCUAUCACUGACGCAUCAGGUACGAAGUGCCAAGUACCCCACUCUUAUAGCGCCUUGUGUUAUAUCACGUGUGUGUGUGUAAAAAUCCAAUUGUAAUUAGCUAUAUUUGCAAUUGUAAUUUUAAUUUGUAAUAAAAAAAAAUUCAAUUCAAUUAAGGGACAAGCUAAUUUAAAUAAGUGUAAAUUCAGUUGGGAUUCCUUCUAUUUUUCUCUCAAUCAACAUCAAAGCCGCUUUGAUGAUCUGGAACCCGGAUGGUGCAUUUCGCCAAAUAGCCGCUGAAAUCAGCCGAGGAUCUCUGCUGUACUGCAUCACAUCACUGUUUCUGACUGCAGUGUGACACACGGGUCUGUUUGUCCUUGUUUGGUCGGCAUGACAACUGGAAAGAAAAGUCCGGUGACAUAAAUACAGAUAAAUAGCACCCCCCCCCCCCACUCUGUUCCCACUGAUGCUCGUUUUAGUGCCGUAAGAG